AUGGCUUCGGAAAAGGAUCCUCUAGUUAGUGAACGUUCAGGAACAGUGCGCGAAGUUGGUAAUCAUGCUAUUUGGAGUUUAUCUUCUUGCAAACCAGGGUUUGGUAUUGACCAGUUGCGAGAUGAUUGCAUGGAUACAUAUUGGCAAUCUGAUGGUCAGCUUCCGCAUUUAGUAAACAUACAGUUUCAGAGAAAAACAAUGGUUUCCCACAUUUACAUUUACACAGAUUACAAAUUAGAUGAAAGUUAUACUCCUAGCAGAAUUUCGAUUCGGGCUGGAACUCACUUCAAUGAUUUGCAGGAGAUAGAGGUUAUUGAACUAAUUGAACCAAGUGGUUGGGAAAUGAUUCCAAUAAAGGAUAUUCAUGAUAGACCAAUAAGAACAUACAUGAUACAAAUAGCUGUACUAAGCAAUCACCAAAAUGGAAGAGACACACACAUGAGGCAAAUUAAAAUUCAUUCGCCAUGUGAACCUACAUCAUUUGAUUUGAAUAAAUUGAGAAACUUUUCUACCGUACAAUUUCAACAAUAUGCAACAAUACGA